AUGCCUGCCAGGAAGCGCGCCCGUCAGGAAGUCGAGCAGGAGGAACAACUGCCGAAUCAGGAGCCCACCAAGCUCGAGAAGCUGCGCAACACCUGGGAGUUUGCAAGUCUUGUCCAAUACAUCUACACCUUUGGCAAUGUCGUCAAGAUCGACGAGGAUAUCGACGUCGAUGAGCUCGAGGCAGAAUGCCUAACGCCCACGCCGUCUGAAAAGCUCGCGCAAAUCGGCCUAGCUCUGCUCAAAUAUGUAUCGUCGCACAAGGGACUAACCUUGGAAAUCUUCGACGAGUAUGCGCGCCGCCAGUACGUUGCCAAGGCGCCUCAGCGCAACCCCUUCGGAGUCGACGAGGAGCCUAGGAAGUUCAACGACAUGGACACCUUCACCAAAAUUCGUAUCCUCCAGCAGCUUUCCACCUGGACCCUCGGCAACGCCGAUCGCAUACGUGAGAAGAUGCCGGAGCAGAAGGACACUGAACAGACAAACUGGCGCGUCGAAGCAUUUGGAUGGGACAAGGAAGAUCGGACUUACUUUGUUCUCGAUGACGAUCGCCUAUACCGCCGUACGGAUCCGCCUUUGCCCGCUGCCCCGCCGACAAAGUCCAGGUCGAAAUCGAAGGCCAAGCCUAAGAAAGCCAAGGGCACCCGAGCAAGCAAGCGAAGGAGACUGUCCACAUCACCUUUAGAAAGUGAUGUGGAGCAGGAGGAAGACAAUGCGCAGGAUACUUCUGCACAAGAGGAGGACACAUUUGGCGGUAUGAAGUGGGAGUGUAUUGCCGUCACACUGGAAGACUACAACGGGUUUGUCGAAUCGAUCCGCAAGAGCAAAGACCCAAAUGAGAAAGGACUCGUGAAGCGCUUGCAGGUCGAGGUCCUACCCAUCAUCGAGAAGAAGGCUGAGCAACAGCGGCAAAAGGCCCUAAGAAAGCAAAGGGAGCUGGAGAAUCUCGAGAAACUGGCGAAUGCAAAGCGGUCCAGCAGAAUCGCAGGCCGCGUGGAGAAGCAAAAAGAACAAGAGGCUGCUGUUGAAGCCGAGCGCAAGCGUACAUCCGACCUUGAGAUGGCUAAGAAGGAGCAAGAGAAGCAGAAGCAGAUGGAGGAGGCACGAGAAUCACGCAUGAUGACCCGCGAGCAGCGCUUGAAAGAACGUGAAGUGAGGCGCAUACUUCACGAAGAAGAAUUGAAAAAGCUGCGGGAGAAUAGCGAGAAAGCAGAAACCAACGAAAUGCGGAUGUCCGAACGCCAUCUAAAGGCCGAGAUGGAAAGACGUCAGAGAGAACUGGAGCAGAUGGCGCAGGAGGAGGAAAACUGGAUCUUCGAUUGCGCCGUCUGUGGGGUUCAUGGCGAAAACCUAGAUGAUGGAUCCCACAGCAUCGCAUGCGAGAGAUGCAACGUCUGGCAACAUAGUGCGUGCCAUGGAAUUGCUAAAGCGACAGCAGAAAGGGACGACUUCCACUUCGUCUGCUCGGAUUGCAAGCGUAAAGCAGAAGAGGCUGCGAGACCCAAGCUACCACCCCUUAAGUUCAAGAUUGGCGCUUCGCCUAAGCCGGACGCCUCUGCCUCAGAGUCGGCGGUUACACUUCCGCCAGACCAUACUGAACCUCCCGGUGCCGUCCCUCUUUCCGGUCAGCCGUCGCAGCCAGCACGGCCCCCGCAAGCAGCCCCACUGCACCCACCGCCGGCAAAUGGUAUCCUGAAUGGUCCAAGCCUAUCGCCUCAUGGCCAAACCUCCGGUCCAUCUGGAAUGAUUCAUGCAGGCUCCAGUUAUGGGUCCGCGCACAGCACGCCCUCUCAAGCUCCACUGCCGCCAGUACCAUCACUACACACCGUAAACGCACCGUCCAUUCCGCCACCACGUUUCACAGCCGGUGGUCAAAGUGGACACCACGUUAUGGCGGGUACUCCUAGCUGGCACCGCUCACCCCCAUCUCAGAAUCCACCUCAUGGACAGAGCAACGGGCAUCCUCUGAACGCAUCGUCCAUUUCAUCUCCAAGUAAACCGCUGACGCAUAACCCGUCACCGAAUAGCCCUUCGUCGGGCUAUGGGGCUCAAUCACCAUCGAAGCCGAGCCCAGCUGCGAUUGAGAAACGUCCCAUGUCUUCGGGAUACGGCGCCCCAUCACCAUCAAAGUCCGCGUCCGCGUCCUCACCAUACCAGGCCAACGGGCACCCUAUGACAGCCCCCUUCUCUAGCCCUGGUGCCUCCUUCCUUCCAGCGCCAAUUCAACGCCCAGCAUUUUCACCGGUAAAACAAGCAUCUUCCCCACCUCAUCCGCAUUCUUCCCCUUUCGUAGAGAACAAUUCCCGCCUUCUGCCCCAAUCGUCGGCUGGAAUUUCGCCGGAGAAGCAUGACGGUGCACCACCUACGGCCCAAGGGCUGUCCGAGGCCCCGAAGCUCCCACCUGUCGCUGCAUUGGCGCCCAGUGCCAACCCGCCCAUAUUGACACCACCCAGCAAGAAGACGCCAGAGAGCUCUCAAGCUGAGCAAAGUGGGCAAACUGCUCCGUCGGCGGCUGUCGGCCAAGCAAGCUCAGGCCCACCGGCCGAGUCUUCAAACGGUCAAUGA